CUCCCAAAGUGCUGGGAAUACAGGCAUGAGCCACCCCACCUGGCUGUAAAUUAUCUUUAGUAGGUUUGUUAUGCACAGUGUUUCCUGGGUAAAACUAGUUACCUUUUCUUCCUAUUAAUUACAUGUGCUGAAGUAAUUCUUACCACUCUUGGAAGCAGAAACAAGUUGGUGUCUCUGCAUUAUAUUCUGUUUUUGUUUUUUCUCUUAUAGGUCAGUGAACAAUUUCCUGAUGACUGGUCCAAAAGUAAGAAUAAACUCCUUUAAUUGAUACGGAUUUCACUAAUCUUAGCCUGUUGACUAAAGAUGAUAAAUGCAGAUUUUUCAUCAUAUCCACAUCUUUUGUUAUGCUGUAUAUAUUACAGAUAGAAAGACUGAGACCCAGAGGGUGUUAGGGACACAUCUAAAACCACAUAGCAAGCCAUUGUCAGAGCCAAGAUAAGAACUCAGGAGCACUAAUUCUGAAUUUAUGGCUAGAAUUUCCAGAGCCAUAAAAGUCAACAGCCUUUUAUAGGUGUCAGGCUGCAAAGCCACACAUCCUUCUCAGUGCCCCGUGGUGGGAUGCAGUUUCCCAUGUUUAAAAUGCUGGAAUUGUACUACAUGAUCUUUACAUUCAUGGGCAUUUUCAGUUCCAAAAUGUUAUUUUCUAAGAUGGUCAUGUGACAAGAACUGCUUAAAUUUCAUUAAUUGUGUGAUUUGGGCUCAUUUUGGAGAGGCAGGAUAGUUUAGUGAAUAAAGGUGAAUAAAGGAUGACAGGGACUAGAGUCUGAUAAAACUGGUUUCAUUUCUAGUUCUGCCAUUUGCUAGCUCUGCAACUUUGGGGAAGUCACUUUAGCUCAUUCCCUGAGCCUCAGUUUCCUAAUCUAUAAAAUAGUGCCUAUUUCACAGGUUAUCUGUGAUGACAAAUGAGACAGCAUAUUUAAAGUGCUUACUCCAUCAUUAUUUUGGAGGGAUGGGAGAGUGAGCAGGAAGGGAGGUGUUUGGUCAGUUUAGGGUAAAUUCCUCCUAAGUUCAGUCUGAGUUUUUACCCCUAUGUCCCUACAGGCUUACCUGAUUUACUCCAGCAGUGUGGCAGCUGGUGCCCAGAGUGGUAUUGAAGAAUGCAAGUAUCAGUUUGCCUGGGACCGCUGGAACUGCCCUGAGAGAGCUCUGCAGCUGUCCAGCCAUGGUGGGCUUCGCAGUGCUAAUCGGGAGACAGCAUUUGUGCACGCCAUCAGUUCUGCUGGAGUCAUGUACACCCUGACUAGAAACUGCAGCCUUGGAGAUUUUGAUAACUGUGGCUGUGAUGACUCCCGCAAUGGGCAACUGGGGGGCCAAGGCUGGCUGUGGGGAGGCUGCAGUGACAAUGUGGGCUUCGGAGAGGCGAUUUCUAAGCAGUUUGUCGAUGCCCUGGAAACAGGACAGGAUGCACGGGCAGCCAUGAACCUGCACAACAACGAGGCUGGCCGCAAGGCAGUGAAGGGCACCAUGAAACGUACGUGCAAGUGCCACGGCGUGUCUGGCAGCUGCACCACGCAGACCUGUUGGCUGCAGCUGCCCGAGUUCCGCGAGGUGGGCGCGCACCUGAAGGAGAAGUACCACGCAGCACUCAAGGUAGACCUGCUGCAGGGUGCUGGCAACAGCGCUGCCGGCCGCGGCGCCAUCGCCGACACCUUUCGCUCCAUCUCCACCCGGGAGCUGGUGCACCUGGAGGACUCCCCGGACUACUGCCUGGAGAACAAAACGCUAGGACUGCUGGGCACCGAAGGCCGAGAGUGCCUGAGGCGCGGGCGGGCCCUGGGUCGCUGGGAACGCCGCAGCUGCCGCCGGCUCUGCGGGGACUGCGGGCUGGCGGUGGAGGAGCGCCGGGCCGAGACCGUGUCCAGCUGCAACUGCAAGUUCCACUGGUGCUGCGCAGUCCGCUGCGAGCAGUGCCGCCGGCGGGUCACCAAGUACUUCUGCAGCCGCGCAGAGCGGCCGCGGGGGGGCGCUGCGCACAAACCCGGGAGAAAACCCUAAGCGUUUCCUCUGCCCCCUCCUUUUCCCACCGGUUCUUGGCUUCUUUUAGAGACCCCAGUAAUUGUGGAACCUAGGGAAAGGGGAACCCGCUCCAGACCUAGGGAUCCUGAGAAGGAGAGACUGCAAAUUCUCCGAAGCUUGCCACUUUCCAGCCUGUUUCCCCAAUUCCUCUGUGCUCUCCUAGGGCGCUGUUUGAAGCCUCCUCGCAGCCACACCUAGGUCUGACUGAGAACUCAGGCUUUGAGCUACUGAUCUUCCUUGGAUUAGGAUGAGAACAGGUGUUCCUCCUCCCCUUUCUUAGCAGCCCUAAUGUCUGACCUAGCCUAUCAAGCCUUAGGCGCUGGAAGAACCCUUCUCAGACACGCAGGGCCCAGGUAAAGCCAAAGCUUUGCCCUUUUGCCCACUGCUGCCCCUCUCUUCUGCACAGCUCCUCCCCUGCUACCUGCUGACCCAGACUCCCCAGGAAUCUUGAAUGCUUUCUCUCCUCUUCUCCCUUUCCUUUCUUUCCCAGAAAAACUGAGGAAACUGGCCCCGGCAAAGCAUAUCUUUGGGGUUGGUUCCUAGAGGCAGAGGCUGAAGAUGGAGGAAGAGGGAGCUCCUCUGGAGUGCUGAUUGGAACACCAAGGGUGCUACUCAUCCUUGUGGUAUCAUGUCAUGAUAGACUUUACUAGUGGGGCAAUGACCUUCCUAGACAAUCACCCAAGGGACUCUAGAUACAUACCCCAAAGGUCUAGGAAAUACGUUAAGGGUAGAUUACAGUCAUUUCCUACCCUUUAGAGGUACCUUCUACCUUCUCCUGACCUACUUCCUCCUAGCAACCAACUUUACCUCUUCUUCUUCCCCAAAGGAUCUUUGUUCCUCUGAGCCAAGACUGAGGUAAAUAAAGCCACUUUCCUGUUCAGAUCCUGGUCUGCACCUCUAGGGGCAGGUCAUAAGAAGGAGAAACUGAGACCCUUCCUUAUCACUAACCUGGUUCUCAAACAGGCAGGAUUCACAGCACUGGAUAUCUUCCUUCGAUGAGUAAACUUCCUGCAAUGAAACUGUUGCUAAUGGGAAGUUCAGCACCUUGAACCUUAAUUUAUUGCAGUCAUUGUGAUAUGUGCUCUUUUUCUAGGUACUGCACUUAUUCUUGAGGAUAUUGGGGUGGGGUGUGGUAACAGAUACAACCUGUGGGCUCUCUCCUCCCUCCCCUCUUGGCAGGAUACCAUCCUCCUUAGAGCCUCACUUCCCUGGUCGCCCAAGCAGUUAUCUGGAUUGAGGCUAAGCUGCCAAGGAUUAGUAAAUCAUCUACAUAAAUCUUCUAAUACAUUCACUCAAUAGCCAUGAGCUUGCUGCUUGCGGUACUGGAGUCUUCUGGUUUUAUUCUCAGAGAGGAGCACAGCAGGGACUUGUUUAUGAAACAGAGCAAGACCUUGGGUAGGGAAGAACCAAUCCCUGACAGACCCUCUGUAGCCCAAGGAGCUCCCCAGCCAGCUUCCUUGCCCUAGGACAGUCCCAGGUCUGGGGCUGGGCAGCUCUUCUAGAGCAGAACUGGUCAGAUGUUAGAUGACCCCAACCUUCCUCUCCCAGAGUAGGAGAAAGCAGUGUGACUGGCUCCAAGUAACAAAAGCCAAGACUCUAGGGGCUCACCUGUAAGAGUCAAGGGUUCCCGUAAUCCAAACUAAGGCAAUAGCCAGGUCAGAUCCCAAACCCCUGGCCUCACCCACAUACCUUCUGGUCUUGCCAACACUUACCGAGAGAGUUUCCCCUUCCUGACCCGGGAUACACUUCCUUUCAGGGGUUCCUAGUGCUUCAUUUCCAGCUCUAUCAGCAAAAGGCCCUUCACGGCUUCUCUCCACUUUUAUCUGAGCCUCCCAACUCACCUUUUCUCCUUAACCAAGAAGUAGCAUAUACUAACCUACCUGUCCCACUUUGCAGAAUUGCUUGAUAAUGUACACGAAGAAAGUUUGGCAAGGCAGCUAGAAAAUUUAAAAGUACAAUGUUGUAAAGUAAAGCUGCAUUCUCCAGGAAGUCUCUUAGCAUAAAAGCAGGAGAACUAUUGUGCUUCAUAUUUGAUAACUCCAGGUCAGCACUCUAAAUAUGUCAUGCUGCCAGAACAUUAUUUCAUAGGCUAUUGUUUUAUAUCCCCAAAUGGAUACCAGAUUCAUUCCAGUUCUAUCAAGAAAACAUGACUGAGCUGCCUUGGA